CCCCGUCGUAGUCGACGGAAUAUCUCUCCCGUAGGAGCGGGUGAGAGGCCCUCCACACACGUGUCUGCCCUUCCUGCGUCACACGUUUUCCCCGAUACUCGGCCGCGUAGCGCAAUCUCCAAUUCGUCGUUCGCGGCAUCGGUGUUUCUCGUUCCCGUGUGGGUGUGCACGUUACAGACGGGAUCCGUCGGGAGGGCGCAUGUCUGACCGACGACGGCUAGGAGGGCGCGAGCAAGAGGGUAAACGCGAGGGUUAGAGGAAGACGAGAGCCCAGUGUUAACCCCCACUUUGCCUCUCGCGGUAUCCGGCACUGCCGAGCCCUGGUCACUAGUCCGACCAGUCUACCCUGUCACGGCACUCUACGCGUACUCGUUCGUCGGGACUCCUCUUGGUCGCUCUUCUCGUGAUCGAUUGCAAAAACAAAUAAAACGAACGGAAACAAAUAAUAACAAGAGAAGAAACGAUAGAGAAUCGGUCGAGAUCACGUUCGGGCGCGUCGCGUGGUCGGCGUCGCGAUCGAGACGAUAAACGCCGCGAUACGGUCCGCGUGCACGCUCCGCGAGGACGGAGGCCGUUGAUCGGCGAUCGUUUCGUCGGAUCGACGGUAUUCCCGUCGGCGCGACGAUGCUCGUCUAGGAGGAGCUACUAGUCGCUCGCGUGGGAAGUCGACUCGCGACUCCCGUUAACGCUGAACGUCGAAAUCUCAUCCCAACACCGUCGAAGCUGCUGUUAGACAGCGAAGCUAAUCCUAGAUUCGGAGGGUAGCAGUCGGAGUCACUUUCUGUCAAAUCCUAUCAAAUCUUAUCAAAUCUUUCGAAGGAAAAAAUCGUCCUGCGUUGAAACGUUUGGAAUGCGUUUCAGCUUCCCUUUAAAGUUCGGUAGCACGCGGCUGGAUCGAAUCGAAGGUAGCCAGCCGGCGUCCGAGGAACCUUGACGGCAGUGAUAUGGAGAUCACAUGAGACCACCACGUUCGACGUAGCCUGUCCAUCGUCGGAAUUUUAUGGGAUUUCGAUCGACGUGAUUACCGCGCGUCGCUGAGAAAUUAAGUUACCGGUGCUGGAAGCUCGAUCGAUGCUGGUAGUUGCUCGAGAGUAGAGUGUCACGACGCGCGAGAGGGAGAAGUGGUCGCGAAGAAAGUGAGACAAAAGUUCGUCGAGGUGUUCGACGACCUCACGUGCGUCGAGGUUCGUCGAGGUCGUCGACGGUUCCUGGUGGACGCGUGACCUUCGACUAUGGUUCACGCGUCGAUGACCAACGCGCUCGAUCCUGGUCUGUCGACCCUGGAACACUCGAGGAUCGUAUCGAUCGAGAUCCUCCGUCGCGAUUUCAGAAGAGAUUAACGGGAGCGUCGAGGGCUCCGUUAGAUAUCGGGAACAAACUCGUGAGUGGUUGGUUCUAAACGUUGACGAAAGCGGGAGAGGGUUAGGGCUUCGAGAACGACCCGGUUAGCUUCCCAAAGGCUAAUUGGCGUCACUUAUCUUUCAGACCAGAGAGCCGUACAACGGGGUGGUUCGAGCUUUUGAAGUUUGCCCUUGUAUCAGAGGCUGAUCAGCUCUCGCGUGCGUUCCAUUUGAUCCACGUAUCAGUCUCUGACCAUCGGAUGCUGUGUACACGGACAGAGUGGAUACAUUUCGACCAUUAACGCGCCAGAUUCGUUUAGCAUCGCGCGCCGGAGAUUCGGGGAGUAAUCCCUUUGACUUCAAAGACACCUGGACCGGAGCGGAGUAAUCAGCGCGUCCUUGUGCCAAUUUGUACAUGCUUGAUUCGAGUGUCGAGGGAAUGGACGUUUGACUUGUCUCCUUUGAAGGGUUUGAAGUCGAGGAGAGUAAUCGUCGCGGUAUCGAGCUUCUAAUUGUUUAUUACCUGUGAGAUUUAACCAAAACACCCGAAGCAAACGCUAAUGGAUAUACGGAUCGAUUUGGUUUCGUAAUAUCGAAAAACCCGGCAUGGUGACAUUAUCCAAGACUUAAGUGUGGAUGAAAACUGUUGACCACUGAAACAUUCAGAAGUAGUUGUUUAUUAUAAGAUCGGUUGUCUUUGAAGAAGUCGGAGUCAAGGAAAACAAUCGUCACAGCGUGGAACAUUCGUUUGAACUGUUUAUUCCCUGUGUCUAUAGACGACCACUAAAAAAUAUCCAGAAAUGUCUGUUCGUUAUAAAACUGGUCGCCUUUGAAGUACUCUAAGAGAAUAAUCGUCACGACCGUUUAUUACCCGUGAGACGUAACCAAGACACCCCGAAGCACACGUUAACGAAUAACCGAAUUGAUCUGGUUUCGUAAUAUCGAACCAUUCAGCUGACGUUGUCCAAGCCUGUAUAUAAAAACUGUUACAGAAGAUCACUGAAACACCCAGAAGUAUCCGUUUACAACGAGUUGCCCUUGAAAGAAGAUCUCGCGGUGUUCCCACGUGUGUAAACGUCUCCAACCGUGGCGAGAUUACAUCGAGGCGAAGCCGACGAUUAAGGGGAAUAGCUGGGAAUAAAGCUCAUCUUCUAGCGCGGGCGGAGGCAGCGCGUUUAAUUCGAGAAAGUGCGUUCAUCGGAAGCGGCGACGAGGAAAUUCCGUCGAGUUGGAAAAGGAGCGGUUCGAGGACGUCGUUUCCACGUGGCUAUGUCCCGGAUCGGAAUGUAAUUUCAAACGAUAGAUCCCCGACACCGUCGAAGGUGGACUACGCGAGACCUUGCGACUCGGUGUCUGCGUCACGGUCCCAGGAUUACAGACAUUGAUCGAGCUACGUAAACAGAGUCGAAGUGACUCCGGUAACUCCGGAUAUUCGAGACGAAGCGAGCCAUCGCGACGGUACUUUUUCAUAAACUGCGACGGAGAUUCCUUACGGUAGUAAAGAGGCGAAAAUUGAACUCUUCUUGGGCGGUGAAACUCCAACAGACACCUCGUACUAUUUUAAUAUUAUUCCGAAACAGGGUAGCCCGGUCGUGUUUCUUAAAAGAUCGUUUUAGGAGCGGAUCAAGCAGUAGACAAUCACGGAUGUCCGAUUCGCGACAUCUCUGUAACCCAACGAGAGACCAAUCGUGAAGUAUACCGAAUCCUCUCCGAAUUCCACCGCAAGCAAUCCCAGCGGAAAAUUGAAACGGGAUCGAGCUUGGCGCAAGGGAAGAAUUGGUUCCAGCAUAUCUCGCGACGCCCCCGAUCUCCAGCCGAAGGAUCUCGCUAAAUCGAAGGCGUGGCAAGCCCGAUAACGAGCGUUGAGGUCACUUAUGAUGGGCUGCAGACCGGCAGCUAAGUCGAAGGUGGAGGAAGGGUGCGGUCGCGGGGAGUCCGAGGCGGUUUCCUCGUCGCCUAGGUGUACCGAGGUCAUCGAGCUUCCCAGCGAGACGACGAUCAUUCAGAAGAGAGAGGAUCGGGGUUCGAGUAGCGCAGGUGACACGGAGGAGGAGGAAGAGGAGGGAGAGCUGACAAAGGAACGAUCGCAGUGGACGUGGUACGAGUUAUCCGUCGACGGAGACGCGUCAAACUUCAGAUAGCUGCCAAGUGAGGAUGCAGAGGCUGCGCUCGACCUUCAAGAGGUCGCGCACCCCGACGGGAGCCGAGAUGAAGUCGCAGUCGAGCCUCGAGGUGCCCAAGCAGGUCAGAUCGGCUUCGUUCGACGAGAUCCAAUUGGAAGCGAAACGCCAAGACGAUGUACGGGACGCCAGGUCCACCAGGACGACCUCUUCGUCGUCUUCCUCCUGUUCGCCGGCUAGAUCGCAGGACUCUUCGCGCGGGAAACGAUCCGCGACGCUUAGGGUGCCACAGUUGCAGAGCGGUCAACGAUCAAAGAGCUUCGACGUCUGCGAGAGAAGUUAUGGCUCGUCCUCCAGCCAACAAUCCCUCAGCAGCGUCCGACGCCCGGAGACGCCGACUAUUCAGGUCUCCGGUUGUUAUCACUGUGCCUGCGUCGAGGAGUACAAGAGCCUCUACUCCAGCAGGGACGACGACGACCCCUCGUCCAGGGAGGACGAGGUGGCCGAGGACGCGGAUGACACCUCGGACGACGAGGACUCCGAGUUGGAUCCCAAGAGCGAGGGUAGCCCUGAGAUCAGAGUCACCCUGAUGACGUUUCCUGAAAAAGAGCCGGAGGUUCGGAACGCGGAGCCUCCUGCUGUAACGGAAGUCGUUCACCAAGUCGUCCCUCAAGUCGUACAGGAGGAGAACGUCGAUAGCAGAGAGUUCACGGGUGGGUUAUUUCCGGAGAGACAACGCAGAAGGUCGAUCGCCUCCCCUAAGUUGUCGCGACAGGAGGCCCUGACCUCGUAUCCCGUCGAGCUGCCCACGCUGGUCAGCUCGACGGAGGAAGAGGAGAAACCAGACGACGACGACGACGACGACGACGAAGAUGAUAAUCUUGGGGCCAGCAAGUGCAAGUUCGUCGUCAGGGACAUCUUCCUGACGGUCCCCGAGCUUAAGAGAGACCGAGCAGCCUCCGUGGACUCCUGCUUCAACAACAAGAAUGGGAACGUGGAGGACGCGGACACCUUGGCUGUACCUCAGCAGAGUAUACGCUCGAAGAGCGUCGAUAUCGUUCUGCCCACCGAGGCGCAGACGAGGUACACUGCUCUGCUGCCUGGCACCGAGGCUCGACCUACAAGAGGAGGGAGAGAAGAGGGAGGGACGAGUGGCGGCCACCGUGAACCUCGAUCCACGCCCGAUUGGGGUCCUGGUGCAAUUAAUGGGGAACAUCUUUGGGUACCGACGUCAGCUUCUGGUGACUUCUGUUACGUCAACGAUUGCUCGAAACAUGGGCCACGGAUGAAAUGCGCCGCCUGUCGGGUGGUGGCACACGCGGUGUGCGCGACCAGUCUCAAUUUCGCCUGUAAAUCGAGCUUCCGCGACGUGGGUGUCCGACAGUAUCGCGAGCAGACGAACACGCACCACCACUGGGUCCAUCGGCGUUCGCAAAAGGGGAAAUGUGGUAAUUGCGGGAAAUCGUUCCAAUCGAAGCUGAGCUUCACCUCCAAAGAGAUCGUCGCCGUGAGCUGCAGCUGGUGCAAGGCAGCCUUUCACAACAAAGAAGCAUGUUUCAAUGUUCAGAAGAUCGGCGAGAACUGCGAGCUGGGUUGUCACUCGUCCAUAAUCGUGCCACCAUCUUGGAUCGUCAAGCUGCCACGGAAGGGUAGCUUCAAGAGCAGCCUAAGGAAAUCCCCGCGCAAGAAGAAGUCUGGCGAGAGGAAGAAGUCGAAGGACAAGGACAAGGACAAGGAGCAGGAUAAAGACCACGGAAAGCUGUGGGUGGUGAAACCGAUACCGACCCCUUCCGUGAAGCCGGUGUUGGUGUUCAUCAACCCAAAAUCGGGCGGUAAUCAAGGGGCGAAGCUGCUGCAGAAAUUCCAGUGGCUCUUGAACCCGAGACAGGUCUUCGAUCUGACGCAGGGUGGACCCAAAAUGGGCCUGGAAUUAUUCAAGUCAGUUCCUAAUCUUCGAGUUCUCGCGUGUGGUGGUGACGGUACCGUCGGUUGGGUGCUGUCAAUCCUGGAUCAGAUCGGCGCCUCUCCGCCUCCGGCAGUCGGUGUCCUUCCCCUUGGCACUGGAAACGAUUUGGCAAGAGCUUUGGGAUGGGGAGGUGGUUACACAGACGAGCCAAUCGGAAAGAUUCUGUCGAAUAUAGGAGAAAGCGACACCACGCUACUGGACAGAUGGCAGCUGGUCGUCGAGAGGAAUCCCGAUGCCCAGGGCGACGAGGACAACGGCAAGGGCAAAGAGAGUCUACCUCUGAAUGUCGUUAAUAAUUACUUCUCCCUGGGCGUGGAUGCUUACAUCGCCCUCGAAUUUCACGAGGCCCGAGAGGCGCAUCCAGAAAGGUUCAACUCGCGACUGCGAAACAAGAUGUAUUACGGUCAGAUGGGCGGCAAGGAUCUCGUUAGACGAAAAUGGAAGGACCUCUCGGAAUUCGUAACGUUGGAUUGCGAUGGCCAGGACAUGACGCCGAAAUUGAAGGAGCAUCGUGUUCACGCCAUAGUCUUCUUGAACAUCGCCUCGUACGGUGGUGGUACGCAUCCUUGGGGUGCUGCGAGUGGAACCAAGGAACCAUCGACGGAGGAUGGACUGAUCGAGGUGGUUGGUUUAACUACCUACCAGCUGCCACUCCUUCAAGCAGGUGGACAUGGCACCUGCAUAGCUCAAUGCAGCACGGCCAAGCUAGUUACCACGAGGACCAUUCCAAUGCAGGUCGACGGUGAAGCCUGUCGCCUGUUGCCAUCCAUCAUCGAGAUGAAACUGUUGAACAAGGCUACCAUGUUGGCGAAACGAAGGAACGCCGGCAAGUCGCACCGCGACGUUGUUCAGUUGGAGAGAUUGAAAUUGCCAGUGAUGAAGAUAAAGAUGCCCGACUACGAAAGGUAUCAUCACGACAAAGACAUGCUGAAGAAGUCCGCGACGACGUGGAUAGCGGAUCCGCUCGAUCUCGACGCCACCACGGAUCUGGAGUCGCUAAGGAAGAUCCUGGCGAAGGACUACAACAUGGACACUUGUUGCUUCCUCGACUCGUGCACCGCGGAGCGAUUCUUCAGGAUCGACAGGGCUCAGGAGCAGCUCCAUUACGUCACGGAUGUCGCCGUGGACGCGGUGUACGUUCUUGACGAGACAGCGGCCAAUCAAUCAUCUGGCGAACCCGAGGGAAAGCUUUCUCCAAACCAAGAAACGAAACCAGUUCAAUCGUCGCCCAGCGAAGAACGACCAAAGACAAACGCAGCCAUGACAGAAGACCCGGUCAGAGAAGAACCAGCUAAAAAAGAACCAGUUAAAGAUGAGCCGAAGGCGCAACCAAUUACGGUACCGGAGAACGCAGCGCCGAAGACUCAGGACUCCGCCAAAUCUCAGGGAUCGAUGAGCAGAAGCACACCUCAUAGCGAAACGAAUAAUGCAAGGAACGGGGAAAGAGUCUCGGUUAACGAGAACAUAGUAACUGGAGCCCCUGUAAAGCAAAGUAGUUCCUCGAAAUCGAUCUCUGCGACGGCUGUUGCUCAGUCGCAACAUCGGGCACCAUUCACCUUCAUUAGUCCACGAGAUAGGCUUUUCGGUCUGAGUUCUGAAGUCCACACCUUUAGCACGGGAUUACUUGAAAAAACCAGCGACAGCAUCUUGAAAGCGGCGAAGAUUGGCGAUUUUCAGGCUAUAAAGGAUCUCCACGGGAAAGGAUAUUCACUUUUGUCUAUCGACGCCACUGGUCAAACUGCUCUUCAUUUGGCAGCGAGGCACGGUCACAGGGACAUCGUCAGGUAUCUCAUUGCUUGCGCGCCAUCGACCAUCCUCAAUAUGAUUGACAACGACAAAGGUCAGACCGCUUUGCACAAAGCGGCUCAAUAUAAGCGUCGUUCCAUUUGCUGCAUGUUGGUAGCAGGCGGUGCUACUUUAACCAUUGCGGACCGCAACGGCCACACGCCUCGUGAUCUUGCUCUGCAAGCGGAGGACCGUGACCUCGCAGCAUAUUUAUAUAGUCGAUCGAUCAGUAAACGAUUGCCUUGUCGUAUCGCAACGUUGUGGCGUUACAGUGUUUCGCUGACUGGCCACGGGGUGUUUGAAAGGGAAACAUCGAUAGUACUUGGCACUGAUAUUAUCACUGGCUUGCAAACGUUCUGUGGAUCUCCGCUGAUAUUUUCAUCGAACGUUUGUAUCUACUGAUAAACGACAGUAGCGAUUGGGAGAACGAUUUAGGAAUUAGUGGCAUUAUUUUUAUACGAAUAAUAAGUAGGAGAAUCAAAUUCUACUUGUCAAAACCAAUCACGUGAAAAAUUCAAAAUAUCACUUCUUGUAAUGGAAAAAUGAAAUUUGCAGUUAACGUACAUGAAAAUUACGUCCAAACAAUAAAAUGGGAUUACAAUUUACAAGUUUUCUAAUCUAUAAAUAUACGUUUAAUGUAACUUGUUUAACUGCCAACAGGAACCAUUAAUUUCGAAUUUUGAAUUUGAAGCUUCCUGCAUGGCCAAAGGCGACACAGAGAGGAACUAUUUUGUGAGUAUCGUAUCAUUUUAUCUCUGAGAAUUUACUUGUCACUCUAAUUUCUCCAAAAAUGUGAAAUGAAUGUACUUAUCGAGGAGAAUCGUUUGGAAGCACUGUAUCGCGACAACAAAGCAUCGAUGUCAUCGAGUAUAGCGUAAAUUCUUCUGUACAUUGACCCAGCCUAAUGUACGAACACUACUGUAUAUAUCUAUACGUCAGAUACGUAUAUUAUAAUAUUUAUCGAAUUUUUCGAAUACUUAAUAAAAAAAUGAAAGAAGAAAAUCAAUGCCUUUUGCGGUUCGCAAAUGUAUCACGAAUUAAGGGAGAACUGGAUUGCGAGGAAGGCGAACAAGCUGUCCCCGAGCCGAAAAGUUUCCUUCGGGCUGGAUAGGCUAUCAUUAGGGUUGCCAACUACGUCAGGUAUAAAUCCUCCACUUUCGUUAUUUCUACAAAAUAAAAAUCUCCAAAGCUUUAUCACAAUUUUGUUAUAACUCUCAAAUGCAUCAUCAAGAAUGGCCAAGAAAUAGAAAUCGAGAAAACCUGAAAAUAGAGUCGUAGGUGGUACAAAAUAAUUUCUCUCAAAGUCAUUAUUUUACAAGAUUUCAAGAUAAAACAAGUCAUUGCCUCGCCCUGUAUACUAUCCAACCCCGAAGAAAGGCCAAGGCUAAAAAAAUAAGACCUGAAAAUGGAGCGUCCUUACCUAAACGAAGCCUGGCAACCUUAAUUAGCCUGCGUAUACUUUCCCUUUCGUUCCGAGGAAUGUCCUCUUCGUGGUCGAUUAGAAAACCGCGUGCCUAUCGCUCGGUUUAGCGUUAAUCCUUAAGGGAUAAUUAGCGCCGAGUUUAGGAUCGGGCGUCGGGUCGCGAGUAACGAGUACUUCCGACGAGUGGAAGGCUGACGUAGCUGCGAAUGCUUCGGAAGUCUCGGCUGAGAACUUUCCGGUACGGCGAUAACGAGUAUUGUUGUACGCGAUGCUAAUUAGAGAGCUAAGUUCGCGUGCCCCGCGAUUCGUGGGUCUCGUACGGUCUGAUGUUCGCGUUUAACCGGCAAGGAUCGAUUCGUAGAACGAUGAUUGAUAUCUUCUGAUGGGAUACGUUCGUCAUUUUAACAAGUUGGCUGACAACUGCGUUGCGAAAUUCUGGCACGAUCGGGUGAUCCGUCAGGAGUUGCGCGAGACGGUUCAGUAACAGGAUUAAAUGGGAUGUUAGGUCUGGACUGGAGGAUUCGACUAUUGAUGGCAAGUUUGAUGUGUGUCAGACACGUUGCUUAUGUGUUUGAAUGUUUUUUAAAACAGUUGAGGGGGAGUUGGAAUUAGGAUAUCCUGUGAGUGUUUGAACCAACACGUUGCAAAAUAAACAUUUUGGAGUAUUUGUGAAAAAACCCAAUUGCUGAUGGAUCAUGGGUCAACGAUGACCCCCAGAACGUGCUCGAUAUAGGCCUAACACACUGUCGAUGCAUGUUUGUAGGAACAGUGAUUGUGAACUUACCAUUAAGAUCGUGGGAUUAUCAGGACCCUCGACGAUAUCUCGUGGGUGUUGGAGCCAACGUGUUGAAAAGUGAACAAGCAGUUUGACGUGGAGAGAUUAGCCUUGCCAGUUAAAGUUUAAUGAAUCGGAUCGUUAAGCUCGUGGAAGCUUUGCCUGUUUCAGUUUUAGAACCUUCUAUCGCCAGGGAUAGUAUGAAACUAAAGGGAACCGUGAUCUUAUUUAAAAUUUAUCCUUGUUCUUACUUUCAUAGCUUCUUGCGAAUUUCUUAACAAUUUUUUGACUAUAUAAACAUAAAAAUUUAAUAGAUACACAAUGGGUCAUUGAUUUUAUCAGGAAUUAUAAGGACGUUAUAAAAGAUGAUACCUGGACAAUUUCAAGCUUCCGACUUGGAAAUGAAUUUUGUCUUAAAUUAAAAGCACGAUUGUUUCUUGGAAAUUCUGUGUAAAAUAAAAUGAAACAGAAGAAACAGCAGGCAAAGUUUCCCACGGAAUUUCCCAUCGAGGCAAAGGCGACGUUAGUUCUAGUAGAUAAGUCGUGAAUGAGGAUGAGAUGACGAAAGGUGAGUGCGAGAUAGCAAACGCGACGAGAGCGUGAGCAUAAGAAUUGCGCAGAGUUACCCGAAGGGAGGAAAAGAAACACAGUAUUGCCUUUCUCAGGGACGCGGUCUCGGUCCGUGGGUUUCAUCUUAAGUUUUAGAGCAAUAAAUUGGCGACAAUCACGACGUUUUUUCGGCCCGAGGCCGCGUCGCCCAUCGUUUCCUCGUCUGUCCGCGCGAUUAUUUUUCAUUCCUCUUCGCUUCGACGACGAAAUCCACGUUAAACGUCAUGAUUAUACAUCAAGGAGCAAAGCUGGGCAAAAUUGAAAUAAAACA